AUGAAAAUCAAAACAACGGGUUCCUUGUCAGAGUUGAAGAGGUGGAUUAUCGCAAUCAGAAGAUGCGAGGGGAAAAACUUCAAAGUAAUACAGUCAACAAAGGUGUGUUCACUACACUUCAAGGAAGACGACUUCCUGCCUGGAUAUGUGAAUGGAAGGAAAUUUCUAAAGGAAUGGAUUGUCCCCAGCAGAUUUAAGUUCUCAGCCUGGAAAGUGCCGAGAAGAAAAGUUCACAGGCAUAGUCCUGUACCCAUGGCCAACACCGUCGACACGCCAGCCGUGACCCCAGACGAUGAAGCCGACGGCGCAGCAGCUUCCGAAAACCAGCCCCCACCACUCCCCGAAGUAUUUGCCCUGGUUGUAGAACUUCAAGCAAAAGUCCCUGAGCAAGCUGCACAAGUAAGUCAGCCGACGUGCAAUCUUCAGAGGGCUCGAGAACAGCUAACAAACGCCAAAAAUGAAGUUUUGAAAUUGACGAGGAUCAUGAAACUUCUGGAAGACUGCAACCAGAAACUACAACAGAAAUUAAGCUGGAGGCUCUCAAUAAACUGCUUCAAGGACAGACCCGAUGACGUGCAGACCUACACAGGACUGCCAAACUAUGACGCAUAUCUUUCCCUGCUACAACAUCUAAAUCCUGGCAGCACUGGAGAGAACAUCAAGAUGUGGUCGACUUUCUACUCGCAAGGCAGCAAACAAGGGAGACCACGAAGCUUGCCUCCUCACGACGAGCUGUUCCUAGUACUGGUUCGCCUUCGGCUCGGCCUUUUCGAGAAGGACUUGGCUUUCCCUUUUGGGAUUUCUACCACCACAGUCUCACGGCUGUGCAUAACAUGGAUCAGCUACCUUUAUCAGCACCUGGGACAUUUUUCCUUGUGGCUCACACGGCAGGAGGUGGACGAGGCCAUGCCACCUGGUUUCAGAAAAAAAUACCCCACAAGGGUGAUCCUUGAUGCGACAGAGAUAAAGUGUCAAGUUCCUAGCUCCCUCACACUUCAGUCGGCAAGCUUUUUGUCAUACAAGUCGACAAACACCUUCAAUGGACUAAUAGGAAUAUUCCCAGAUGGAACCGUGACAUGUGCGUCGCAGCUCUUUCUGGGGUCUAUGUCGGACAAGGAGUGCGUACGGCAGAGUGGAUUCUUAAAACUCCCCUUUGACGAGAAGGACUCUGUCAUGGCCGAUAAGGGGUUUCUAAUUUCGGACCUCCUGGAGGAGAUCAAUGUCAAGCUCAACAUCCCUCCAUUCCUUGGGCAAGGCACAUUCACAGAAGCCCAAGCCAAAGAAACGGAGAACAUCGCGUCACUGCGCAUUCAUGUGAAGCGGCGAAUUCAGCGGGUCAAGAGCUUCCAUAUUUUUGAGCGGUUUAUCCCUCUGUCACUUGGGCCAGUAGUGAAUGAGAUGUGGGCUAUCUGCACAGUUUUGUCCAAUUUCCAGAACCCCUUGCUACGGCAGCACGAUGCCGGCAAUGGAGACUAG